AUGGGCUUGCUGCAGGUCUGCGAUGGGUUGGGGAUGUGGCUUCCUUGGCCUGGUGGUGAGUCCCUCUUUGGUGAUGCCGAUGGAUUUCAAAGACUGAAUUGUUAUCCUUUUGUCUGUGCUCUCUUCCCUUGCUCUAAAGCAAUCAUUUUACUGUGCGAGUGCUCACCCGCAGCUGUUUGCCUCUUGGUCCUUCCCUUGCAGGCACUAGCUGAGCGCUGUUGCUGCCGUUUCCCUGAUAACCUAGCCUUUCUGUUUCCGUUUGCUAGAUCAAGCUGGGAGCUGCCUGACUUGCGAGAAGGAAGAGUAAAAGCCAUCAGCGAUUCUGAUGGAGUCAGCUACCCCUGGUACGGAAACACCACAGAAACUGUGACUCUGGUCGGGCCCACUAACAAGAUCUCCAGGUUCUCGGUGAGCAUGAAUGACAAUUUCUACCCCAGCGUGACGUGGGCUGUCCCUGUGAGCAACAGUAAUGUGCCGCUGCUGACCAGGAUUAAAAGGGACCAGAGCUUUACCACGUGGCUGGUGGCCAUGAACACCACCACCAAGGAAAAGAUCAUCUUGCAGACUAUAAAGUGGAGGAUGCGAGUGGACAUUGAGGUUGAUCCCAUGCAGCUCCUGGGGCAGCGGGCACGGCUGGUGGGAAGGACUCAGCAGGAGCAGCCCCGGAUCCUGAGCAGGAUGGAGCCCAUCCCACCAAAUGCACUAGUGAAACCCAACGCCAACGAUGCCCAAGUCCUCAUGUGGAGACCCAAGCGAGGCCAGCCUAUAGUCGUUAUACCUCCGAAGUAGAGCAGCACCAGGGUGUGCGCCAGUAUGUGCACGUGAGGACUUUGGUGCUGUCAGCAUGGUGCAAAUGAAUGGGGUUUCUGAGCCAAAGCAGACCUCUUGGGUUCACCUGCCUCUGUAGCUGUGAUUGGAAAUACAGCUUUUCCUUAGUUGGAAAGAAAGUGUGAGUCUGGCCUGGCCAGCACUGGGUCACGGAAGAGGGAUUGCUGAGCUGGUGGAUUGCCCAGAAAGCGGAAUAGAGUACUUCUAGGAGAUUGUGGCUGGAAAAGAGGCUGUCUUACCUGAACAACUCAUAUUUCCUUGCAGGGAAAUGCAAGGAGCAAGAAUAUGAUGAAACCGUGCCUGUGGCAAAUGCUGCUUUCCACCCAAUUAGACGUAGAAGCGGAGACCAUGCCUACCAGACGUGGAGGGCUUGUGCAGCGAACCUUCCCGUCUGCCCUGACAGGGAGCGGGUGUCACCACAGUGUCUAUACCUAUGCAUUUUGGAUUGAUAAUCAACCCAUCGCCAUGCUCGUUGGGACUCGGCGGAUGUUUGCCGGGAGGCGGAAAAGCCCGGGGCGGCGGGGGAGCUGGUGCCAUCCGAGGCGCUGAGCUGGAGCCCAGCGGCCGCCACUGCCCGAGAGGAGUUUUCCGCAGCCGACUCGAAGCGGGACAUUUUGCAUGCGUCUCAGUGUGUUUGGAGUAGUUGUGAAUGUAGGAGAUGCCAUAGUUCUUUUCAGUCUUGGGGUGAAAUCUAAGGGCAGGUUAGAUGUCCUUUAGUUUUAAGGUGCACUAAACCUUUGCAGUUCCUCAAUCCCCCCCCAUCCCCACCCCUGCCAGCCCUUCUUUUACAGAAGCAAAAAUUGUUCUCGGCUGAAGGAGAAAUUGCGAGCAAUGCCUGUUUACCCAGCCAAGGGAGAGCAGGCCGUUACUGAUUGUGUUUGCGUGGUAUCCAGAAAAGCUUGGAGGUACUCCAGGAUUCAGGCGCUUCCACGGCAGACGUAAGUUGGUUGCAAGAAGUUGGGUGCUUGCUCACUUUCCACACAAAUGCCUGUUCGUGUGGGGAGCCUCAUUCCUAGCCGCCCACAGAGCAGCACAGCUAGAAGUUUGCCUAUGUGCUUGCCCACAGUGCUCAUGGGCACCGGCACCUGUACCAAGGCCUGGGCUCGCAAGGAUGGGCACCGUGUGCAUUGCUGUACCUCCCCAAGCUCUGCGAGGGUUGGGGGCGUAUGAAAACACCGUGAGGGGUUUCCUCUUCGUGGGUCAGAGGCCCAGACGUGAGUAGAUGCUGCUCUGUGCAGGCCUCGGCAUGCGGCGGGGUUUGUGUGGGGAGUCGGAGGGGAGUGUGCUCCCUGGGCGCUACCUCGUGCUCUUGCAGGUGUUUGGCAGAUAACAGAUUUUUUUUUUUUUUUGCCUUCCUUCCCCUUCCUCGCCCUUUCUUCACUGCCUGGGUCGCUGGCAUCGUCCUGGAGCGUGGGGAGGCACUGACUUGGUGGGGUGCGAUGUGCAAUUUGCUGUUUGUUUUAGCCCUGGGAGCAAGAUUUCUCCUCUUUCCUGUCCUUGUCCCACCAGGGAGGAGGGGUGGCACUUUAGCUGCUCCCUCAGGAUGCACCAGAGGCAAAAAACAUGUUCGUGCUGCUGCUGCUACCACCGCAGAAGCGGUUCCAGGCACCCCAUAGCUCCGCGAGGAUGUGAGACAGAUGGUUACGGCUUUAGCUGCUUUCUCCCGGCAGGCUCCUGCCUCCCCCUCCGUCGGGCAGUCCCGGCACCUGGCGGCCCUCUGCAUGGCAGAGGGGUAGCACUAGGGGCAAGGAAGGGAAGGAGUAGGGUGGGAAGCGCCGAAUACCUUCUGGCAAGGCUUGUGCUUUAGCCCAGCUCGGUUUCUUCUUGGAAAUGAGACCCUGCUUGUUUUUUCCGUUGCUAUUUGGAGGCCCUGCUGCGGGGGGGUGCUUGGGGGCCUGCUGCUGAAUACCGCCAGCAGGACGCUGCUGUUGCAGGAACCGUGAGCUGCCCGGCAGCUCCUCGAGCUUGGGUCUCUGCCCUUGGGAGCCAGCGCUGUGGUGACAGGGAGCUUCUGCUGUUUUGGGGAUUUAGGUAAUUCCUCCCCGUAAAUCCCCAGCUCGGAGGUCCCCGUGCCGCCUGCCUUCUGUUAGCGAGCUGCCCACUGCGCCUUCUGCUGCCAGGAGGGCCGGGGAAGGGCUGCCUUGUUCAGCACUUCUGUGCAAAGCCCCACUUGCGGUAUUAGCGGUGCUUCCCUGAGCUUGGCCAUCGGACAGCGCAAUGCCGAGCUGCUUUGCUCCCCCAGGAUGCUGAGCCUGCUUUUCCCCGCUUUGUGGAGGAGCGUUUAUCCCCAGUGUGCACACACCAGGCCUCUGGCCGCUGCGGGAGCAGAGCUGCCCUGGAGCAGCGUGAGCUCGGCUGAGCAGGGAUCCUCCCCGGUUAACAUGCACUGCGGUGCUUCUCCAGGCCGUAGCCCUCUGAUGAGGAUUCCUGCGUUGCUGCUGCCUUGUACGUCAGUACCCUGAGCCCCUGCGGUGGCGGGGACCAGCUCGAGCUUCCCAGGCGGCAGGGCAGCGCCUUCCGCGGGGCAUCGCUCCUCAGAGCACGCACCGUUUCCUGCAAAGCUUCAGCUGCUGCUUGUGCUUUUCCAGGGUGGGAUGUGCACCCCGGGCAUCUGGGAGCCGGUCCCCAAGAGUGAAGGGACACCCCAGGCCUUUUAGACCAAAAAUCCCUGUGAUCUCCCUGUGCUAUUUAUUAUUCUCAGCAGUGUUUGCUACUGAUUCAAUUUUUUUUCCCUUUGGGAACGUCGAAGCCUCGACGAACGCUUUCAAAUGUUGUGGCUGGGGGAGCUGGUCCUGCUCCUCCCGUUCACCCUUGCGUGAGCAGAGGGGUCUGGUAGUCUGGGAACCAGCCUGCUGAUUUUGGUGCCUACGUUCAGAUUUAGCUGAGGGCUGUGUGAAGCCUUGCAGUGAGGAGGGUUUGGAGGAGGAGCGGGCAAAGAGCUUUGAUUUGUUGAGCAGAACUUCUACAGGGAAAUUGUCAGCACGGGAAAAUAUCCCAUUUUUGUGAGAUUCUGCCAGUGUUUUUAUACUGAUAUGUGAUGAAAGGCAUUUUUGCCGUCAUUGAUGUUUUGUUUAUCAGAAGUGUGUGCGGAGGGGUGUUUUGGUAUGCAGAAAUUUUAAAAUACAGUUUUCAGUAAAACUUGAGGGAGGAGGGGUACCUUUCAGUUUGUAAUAAGACAGACAAAUAUAUUUUUGACCUAGUGGGACAGAAGCAAUCCUGAAGCAUCCUGUGAAGUCCUUUCCCAGGGUGCUAGCCAGGUCCCAUCUCUGAAGUGCAGAGAUUUCUCCACCUGCUUUUACGGGAUAGUUUUGAUCCGUUGUGAAGAUAAGUGGCCGGCUCGGGUCAGUGGGGUGCAGGGGGCCGAAGCGGGGCAGACCGCGUGCGUUGGCUUUGGGAUGCUGAGCCUCUGCGGUGCAUUCGAAGGAGUCUCUUGUCUCAGGCAGUAUCUGAACCUGGGGAAGGGGUUCCCUGACAAAUUUGUUGCCCUGAGGUGAGCUCAAAGCUGGGAGAGGACCGCUGGGCGGUGCGUGACGGGAGGCCGAGAGCUGGCAUCCGCCCUUCCCACGUUUCGGCCGGGUGCGAGCUGGGAGGUGAAGCUGCCCUGAGCGUUGCUGCAUCCCGUGAGGCUGCUGAGGGGCCCAGCUGAGAUUCGUGGCCAUCUGUCAGUACUCCGAAACCCAGCGGAAAUGGUCCGGGGACUGCUCAGGGAGGCUGCAUGCUGGCCACGCAGCCCCGGGAGCAGCUGCGGCCCUGUGCUGACGCCAGCCGGUUGGGGUAGGAGAGGGAGGGAGGGAGCUGGUGGAGAGAUGCUGUUGAUUUUGUUGCCAUCUUUUGGGAUGUGUUGGCUGGCUGGAGCCUGAGCAGAUCAUCUGCCGUGUCUCCCCAAGACCUAGGCGACGGCAGCCGCUGUUUCUGCUGCGUUCCCCUUGGGGUGCUCUGUACUGAGUGGUGGUGAAAUCUGGAUCACGUCCCGGGUACUGAGGGCCUUGAAGCUCGAGGGUUGUGCACUGGCCAGUUGCUGGCUGACCUUGCUUCUGGUGUCUAGCUCAGUGCUCAGCGUAGCCCUGUGCUUUGGUCCGGUCCUGUGGGACUACCUGCCUCUGGUGGGGGUUCACUCCCGAGGACUCUUCUGGGACACCUUGUUCUCAUCCAUGUCGUUGUCCUUCAGAGCAGUUUUCCUCUGUGCUUGUGGACUAAGGACCGUGCCAGGUACAGCAGAACCGGGAGCAGCCCCAGGAACAAGGCGCAGACCUGCUGUGUAGCACCUCGAGUGGCCUGGGGAAGUCUGUCCCUUGCAAGGAGCAAGGAGGGACCACGUCACUUUGGACCGGCCACGGCUGCUUGCCAGCCUGCCUGGAGCUGCAUGGCCUCGUUUGAGAGGGUGCUGCCAGCAGAGAUGCUGUGUUUUCCCCGUCCAUCUCUUCUGCCUGGCUCCCGUGCCUGCUCCUUCUCUGCUGUCUGGAUUUGAUGCACAGAACCAGGUUUGAUCUGUGGGUUGUCUUUGUGGACGUGACCCCUUGGCGUUCGCAAACGGUGCGUCUUCACUGGUUCCCGUGCUGCGGGACGCCUGGAUGGAAACAGCGGCUGAGCAUCUCUGAGUUCAGUCGCGUUGACUGGAGCGUUGGCCCUCCCGGGCCUGCAGUCCCCGUGCUGGGCUUUCUGCGUGUGUCCCGCAGCAGGCAAACCGCUGCUGCGCGCUCUAGGGGAAGCCCAGCUCUGCUCUGCUCGUGUCCAAAUGCAAACUGGACCCAGCCUGCGGGAGGCUGAGCUGAGCGCGUUGGAAGGGCCCUGUGUGCUUUGCAGGGGAAGGAGAGUUGGGCAAAACUGGUGGUGGAGGGGAGGGUGAGAAAGCGCUAUAAAAACAGGGUGCCGCUGUGCGGCUGCCUGGCUCUGCCCCUCCAGCUGCAGCGUGCUGCGUAGGAAGGUCCAGGUCCGCGGCGGCCGGGAGCGGGUUCGAGCGGGCGAGCCCGGGCCUAGCCCGAGGGCGGCUGAGCCCCUUGAAGGGGUUCCCUGCGCGCCUGCCUGUCUCACCGGGGCCACGCGAAGCUGUUUCGGCAAGCUAAAGAAAAGAGGGAGGACGAAACCGAGGAAGCGGAGAAGCCGGUGUGUCUCCUGGGCGUCAAGGCGUGCGUUGGCAGAGCAUUGGGUUCCCGUGCG